CAAGCUUGUAUUCGUACAAAUGCCCAAAUCUUUAAAUGGACCUUUGUGGUUGAUCCAACUUGGAUGUACACAGCUUCCACAAUGGGAGAAUUGUCUCAACCUGAUGGACUUUGUUAUAUUAGGUUCACGGGUGAAUUUAACAUAAUCCAGAGACCCUCUCCGUUUGUUAAUUAAAAUAUCAAAUUUCCCAGAAUCUUUGGGGUCCCAUUGUUAGUCAUUCAGUAAUACAUUUCUAUUCUCUAUACAAUACCACCAGUGUGUUUUGGUGCAUGCACGCAGUAAAUGGAAGAAUAUACGCGUGGUGCGUGAUGGCAGAAGAAAUGUUUGAAAUAUUUGUUUGGACGUUGUUUCGGCUGUGCAACUGAACGGGCGUAAUUAAUACAUUGCUGGUCCAUGAUUCAUUUCUGUAUUCCAACUAAAUUGAAAAACUUUCUACAAAUCUAUUUUUAUUUUCUAUUUUUUUUUCUUUAUUCUUACUUUUGUCGGAAAUAGGACACGAGUAAAUGGAUGCAUUGUAUUCUGGUUCGUAAAUAACGAUGUCAGUGAUAGGUCUGUAUUAUGAAACUUGUGAUUGAUCAUUACAGAUAAUGGUGAUGGAAAAGAAGUCGCGUUAAGUGAAUGAACGAGAAGUACCAGGGAGAGUUUAAUUCAGGGGUUAGGGGGAAUAGGGUGGAAUAAAUCUACGUGCAUGAAAUAUUAUUAGAUUUUAAGAUCUUAACAAUGUUCAAUUUGAACAUUUUUUGAACAUCGUAUUCGCUAACCAGAUUUUUCCUUUUUGUUUCAGGUAAGUCAAGAACAUCUAACAUUGCUGAUUUGGUAGCUAGUUUCCAAGGAAAUUUCUCGUCACAGGUCCCGAGGGAAACAAACCUGGACGUUCUGAAGAUUCCUCGAGCGUGUUCGAUUCGGAGAGACGUGUCGUAAGGUGGCUGCUUAGGAUCCACCCGUACAGCGACUACAUGCAGGUACGUUUACACCAAUGCGCACAGAGUUCAUUCUUGCCGAAUAUCAUGGGUGUCACCGUUACCUGGGGAUUGCCGUUGCUACUUACAACGUGGAAUCUUCGAGUCAGCAAUCAGGAGCGACACAUUGAUGCACCACCGGCGAUCGAUCCGCGGAGGAAGUGACGAGGCACCGACGACGCGCCGCCACGGAAAUCUCGCUAGACAACAUUCCCUUGGCAAAGUGACGCUCAAGGCGGUCACGGAUUUCUCGCUCCUGUCUAAGUUAAGGAAAUCAUCGGGAUGGAGCUAAUAACAGCGAAACUGUUGCUGUACUCGACGCUGGUGGUGGUGGUGUGCUGGAGCCAGGAGGAUUGGACGGCCCAGUGCUCGCCGUCGUGCAAGUGCAGAUGGGUUUCAGGCAAGAGAAGCGCCGAAUGUGUCAACCAGAAUCUCACGCAGGUACCGGGCGGACUUUCCUCGCAGAUCCAAAACUUAGAUUUGAAGGGGAAUCGCAUCACGCACCUGAUGCACAAAGCGUUCGACCGGGUACAUCUGGUGAACCUCCAUAAACUGGUGCUGCAGAAAUGCGAGAUCGAGUCGAUCCAUACGGACGCGUUCCUCGGGCUGAAGCUCAUGAUCGAGCUCGAUCUUUCGGCGAACAACAUCAGAACGCUCUAUCCGGGCACGUUCGAUGAUACGACACGAUUGAGGGUGCUGUUGCUGAACGAGAACAAGUUGAAGGUGCUAGAGAACGGGCUGUUCCACGAUCUCGUCUUCUUGCAGAAGGUGUCGCUGUCCAAGAAUGAGCUAGAAAGGAUCGAGGAGAAGGCGUUUCGAAAUCUGUCAAAGUUACAGCAGGUGACCUUAGACGGGAACAAUCUGAGCACGUUGAAGAUGCUUACCUUCGACAAGCUGCCAAAUCUGGGCAGCCUCGAGCUGCACAAUAAUCCUUGGAACUGCAACUGCCGUCUCAAGAGAUUUCGCGAUUGGACCAUGACGCGCAAAUUGUAUACGAAGCCCACCACGUGCCAGCAGCCGAUCCACCUCGCUGACAAGAUGUGGGACGAGAUCAACAGCGACGAGUUCGCCUGUAGACCCGAGAUAUUCACGAUCGGGCCGUCUGUGAAGAUCGAGGUCGGCAGGGGAAAUGUCACUCUCUGGUGCAGAGCGUCUGGUAUACCGCGGCCGCAGCUGUUCUGGAUCUACCGUUCGAGGGUCCUGGAGAACCAGACACGACGACACAACGGCGAAAAAGGUUACAUCCUGAAGUCGAGCCACGACUGGCUGAACCUCACGAUCCCGGACGUCGCGCCCUCUGACAAGGGUGAUUACGUCUGUCUGGCGAAAAGUCCUGGCGGAAAUACCGAGAAAAACGUGAGCCUGGCUAUCGCAGGCGACGCAAUAGACGGCAGGGACAAUAUAAUCAGUCUGCCCCUCGCCCUGGGUUUGGGCGUGACUGCACUGGUGUUGCUGAUAGUCACUUUGUCCCUAUGCGUGUGUUACUGCAAACGUCGACGGGUCAGGCACGACGAGAAGAGCCUGGAGGCGGCGUCGAUGGAGCACCACGGGCUGGGGGAGCAGGAGAAGUCUCUGAUCACUACCAUAAAUCCCGUGGUGAAGCCCCCUAGACGCUACGAGGCGCCGUCCGUGACGUCGCACGGCACCGAGAUGACGGAGCUGAAUCGUACGUUGCUCGACAACGACUCGGUCUUUGCUGACGGUAUCGGUGGCGGUGUCGGCGGCGGAGUGAUCGGCGGCGUCGGCGACGACGAGAGGGAGGAACGAGCUACCCCAGAACUCGAGAGCGGUACCGGCACCUUGUGCCGCGGAGGAGGCGGCAGCUACCGUCAGUAUCCUCCUGAUCUACUGGCCUUCUCCGGCGGUCGUGGCGCAUCGCCAACUAGUCAGGCGUCCACAGCACCGGACAACACGCGUCUUCCGAGUCAGCACGCAACGCCAACCACGGCAGCGUACGGCUCACCCUCUAACCAAUUUCCAGCCGCAUUCAAGACCCUGCCCCACAACCGUAGCAUCACGCCGUACAGUGUCUCGAGCUCCACGAUCGCGCCAGUGAUGCCUCGUCAUGGAUACGUCACGAUACCACGAAGACCAAGAGCACCCAGCUGGAGCAGCGGACCGCCCACCUCGCCUACGGACGGAUUGGAGCCAGUCUACGACAAUCUGGGUCUGCGCACCACCGCGGAUGGCAGUUCGGUCCUUUCGCUGAACAAGAGUCCCGAACCGUUGUCCUCCAUCAGGAGUCGACCCCUGCCGGGAACGCCUAGUUCUCACUACGGCACGAUACAACGAAGUACCCCCAACAUUUUGACCAGCAGCCCUUUGGAUAGAGCUGCACCCGAGGGCGCCGCCGAGUGGCCCACCAAGCUCGCCGACGAGUCCACGGACAGCAAUCACGUCCUCGGCCAGCAGCAGCAAUCAGGCAGCAACACUCUCGGUAGAAAAGUGCCGCCCAGGCCGCCCCCCAAGCCCAAGAAGAAGUCCACGAACGGGCCAUUGUACGAGGACGAGGGCGAGGACGGCACGGAGGUAUGAUCAGCGCGCGUCGCUCGACGCACUUGAGGCCGCCAGAUCGUAGCUGUGUCGAAGAGAAGAGACGCAUGACCGCAGUCACAAUAAACCGGUAGUGCCUUUCAAGAAGAGACAACCCAACCGCGGGUCGAUGUAUGAUUCGAGCGCGUUUGUUCGCCCUGUCGAAAGUGCUGACGAACGAGGGGUGAGAAGAAGCUUCCACAAUGCGGACACGGAGUCCGCAUCCGGCGGUGCAAGUUGGCUCGAACCCGCUGACUGGCCGGGAGGAAAACUUUUCGGACGCCUUCGCCGGUCGUUCGUUCCUUUCGUUCCCGUUUCUUCUCCCUCUUUUCGUUUUUUCCCCCCUUUUUUUAUAAUUUAUUUCUUUGCGCGCUGUGCCGUGACUUGCUCGCGACAUCAAACUAUUCGAGUGACUUCUCCAUGCGCGAAGGUAUCGAACUCGAGGGGAUCUUCCGCGAGAAACUCGACGACCAGGUGAAACGUUGCGAGUAUACUUGUGCUGUUGUUGUUGUUUUUUUUUUUUUUAUAGUUGAUAACUUGAAAUUUGACAACGGAUGUAGAGAUCGCACGAAGUACGCGAACUAGUAUUAAGGAUAGCGUCCCGACAAGGACGUCUUAUUUAUUGACGUGCUUGCGCAUGCCUAACGAAGAUCACGUCGAAGCCAACUGGACACUGUGGAAAGAAGCGAUGGCGUGAUCUGGUACCUCCUAAGCUUAUUUCCUACUUUUAGUUUUUAUUUGAACUUUUACACUCGGCCCGCGCGUACAGCGGAACCUCGAUUAUUGCGCGAAAGCUCCGUUCGUUGCAAUGCUUUGGGGAAUGAAAAUUUGAGAGAGGUCAGAGGAAAAUUGGUAGCAACCAUGAUCACCAUAAGUGGAGUCAUCGUCCUCUGAGAUGAGUGUCUUCUGUAUUAUCACAGUUCAUCUGUGCAGGCUGUUUAGAAGCAUCCUUCUCAGAGGUCAACGACAGCGGAAACAUACCUUGACUCUGAUUAUUGGUUGAAUCUAGAUCAUUGCAAGGAUUCUGAGUCCCAUUUUUCCGCAACAAUUUAGGUUCUACUUUAUCAAAUGGGAAUAAUUUUUAUCGCGACGCUUGAAGUUUAUCGGUCUUUUAUCCUCGCGUCCUUCUGAACAACGACGUUUUAUUUUCCUUUUUUACCGAUAGUUUUACCGUUAGGUCGUCUUUUUUGUUUAACGUAAUCGCGUAUCGCGCUGGUACAUGGCCGCGUCGAACAAGUUGUAACAAUCGUUGUAACGACAUUGUAAUUUGAGAAUAAUCGAUGAACCGUGGAAAAUGCAUGGUUUGUCGCGGUGAAAGCGAAUUGAACGGUGAUUACAAACUAUUGCUAGCGAAUGUACAAUGGCGAAAGAGGUUUAAGGAUCAUAGAAAUAUCAAUUAGCUGAGGAACAGAGGCACGUAGUGAGCAAGCUGAAUGAAUCGAAAGAUUGGCCUACAUUCGCUAGUGAAUCGAGUUUGAUAUAAUGCGAAUGUAAACAUUCACUAGGUCUAGUUUACAUUCACUGGCCAUCCGCUUUCACCGUGAUGGAGACGUUAGUGUAAUUAUUUCUAGUAAGUUUAAAGAGUACGCAUGUAAAGGAUAUCCCCCGAUCGUAUUCGUUCUUAAUGGUAACGAGUUUUGCGAGAAAGCUCAUGGAAACUAUCAAACGUGAGAACACGUUCCGAGGCUUUCGAUGAUCGCGAUGGCGUUUCAUUUUGUCGCGCCUAGCACACAAUUAACGUUACACUCCGCAUUCAAAUGUAUUUUACCGAAUAAUAUCUCGUCCCUUGGAACACAAGGGCAACGUAUUCGUUUCGACGAAAAGGGAUCUCAACGUUUGGGCGAAUUGCCGAGUUUAUUGUAAAAAGAAACCUAUGUCGUGCAGCUUGUACAUACUGUGUAUUAUAUCUAAGGUAUAGUUCGACUUCUGAUAACUCGAUCGGAGUGGUCUUUCGCGUAACCACACGUCAGUGGUUUUAUAUUGAGAAAGAGACACGAAAGCAUGGCAACGAAGCGAGGCUAGAGACGAUUGUAGCCAACGAUGCGAACCAACAGCUGGCUGGUUCAUAGCAGCGAGGACGGCCAUUGUAUACGUAACAUAUAGGUACAAUUUCAUCGCGAUUUUAACGGGUAAUGCGAUCCAUGUGUAAUUGACGAAUCGAGUUCGAGCGGACUCGUACCAUCGACGGAUCAACGCCGCGCGUUCCAAGAGGCGUCACUGGUUAAAGCGAUUAAUUUUAAAUCGAAUCAUUUUUUUUUUUUUAUUUUAGUUUAAACUUCGAUCGACAGGUGGCAUAGUACCCCCAAACGAAUUUCUGAAGUUUCGAUUAUAUAUUCUUUGCGCGGUUAUUGGUUUUUCAGGCAGGGAUUUUUGUAACGUCGUUCGGUGAUCGAUCUCGCUGAAAUUUUUCGAUCGGAAAGCAAACAUGUUCGAGCGACGCAAUUUCACCGAGUAGAUAGCAACGACGGAAGGAUCAUUCUUCACCCGCGGAAUUUAUCGUCCGUAAGCCACGAACUUGUUAUACUUUCGUUGCGUUUUAUCCCGAGCUUAACGUUGCAUUCCCGCCUUUAGCUGGGAUUUUGAGAUCGAUCGUCUACAACUUGUUGCGAGCGGGACCCUCGUACCGUAACACGAUAUCAGACCAGUCGUAUAUUACAAAUACACAUCUGUCUUUCGUUUUAUUUUGAGCAAAAUUAUUGGAGGAUUGCGCGUAUCAACAAUUUUAUUCCAAUUGUACUGUCUAAUGAAUACUGUCAUUUUGAGAUUUAGGUAAGGCAGGCGUUAUUAAAUUACAUGUACAUCCUUCA